AGAUCCUCAGUCCAUAGCCGGCCAAAGCACAAAUGAUGAAUUGCCCCUGCAGCCAACUACAAUGGAGAACAGGUUUCAGAGGAGAGACGAGGGUCCCGGGAGACGACCUACAAGUAGGAUGAUUGCUGCUGUCUCUGCCGUCAUUGUGGUUGUAUUUGGAGUAUGGUAUCUAUGGACCUCAGGCGACACACCGGCAAACUUUGCAGCUCUGGAGAAAGACUAUUCCACCAAUGUAUUUGGGCAGCACUUGGUGGCGCCAGUAAUUCUCAAGGCAGUGCCUGAUUUCUGGAAUAACACCAACCCUAAGAAGCCCUUAGUCCUUUCCUUUCAUGGUUGGACUGGUGGCGGCAAGAACCUUGUGAGCCAGGUCCUGGUCAGGAAUCUCUAUCCUGCAGAGGGCGAGAGGAAAAAAUGUGUACAGCUGUUUGAUGUAAUGCACCAUUUUUCCCCAGAAGAGAACAUAGCAAAGAACACUAUAAAACAGCGCAUCCAUGGUACAGUGACGCGGUGUGAACGGGCCAUCUUCAUAUUUGAUGAGAUGGAUAAGAUGCCGCCAGGCCUCAUUGAUGUCAUCAAACCUUACCUGGAUACCUAUGAACAACUGGACGGACUAUCUUUCCGAAAAUGCAUAUUUAUCUUCCUCAGUAAUGCGGGAGGAGAGAAGAUUACAGAGUUGGCCUUGGAUUUUUGGAGGAAUAAAAAGAAAAGAGAAGACAUUAAACUGUCUGUUGUGGAAAGCCAUUUAGCAAAGCAUGCCUUCAACAAAAAGGGUGGAUUUUGGCACUGUAGUCUGAUAGACAGAAAUCUGAUUGACGUCUUUGUGCCGUUCCUUCCUUUGGAAGAGGAACACGUAAGGAUGUGUGUGAGGGCAGAGCUUCGUCACCGUGGCAGAACGAUAAAUGAAGAACUGGUCGCUAAAAUCGCUGGAGAAAUGUCCUACUACCCUGAUAGGGAGAGGGUCUACUCUGUGAAAGGCUGCAAAACAGUGGCCACAAAAAUCAGUCUGUUCCUUUAAUCCAGGACUUAAAAAUGGACCAGCAAUAUUACAUUGGUGCUGUCCGACUCUCAGCACUCCCACGACCAGCUCUUUGAAGGGACCAUAAUGCUCGUUGUUUACUUUGGUCUGUAAUGCACAGUUCCAUACUUGUAGUGGUUGCAUCCAUUUUUAACACCUGGAUAAGUCCUUCAAGUUUGGAAUUUUUGCCUGACAACACACAUUAGCCAUAACUUUUUUCUACGUGCCUAUGUACGUUUUCUUACAAUUUUUUUUGGGGUGAGAUAUAAUUUAAAGUUUUUUUUGGAAGUUCAAUAUUGAUGGGGUAUUGAUGGGGUAUCCUCUGGAUGGGUCAUCCAUAUCUGAUCAGUGGGGGUUCAACUCCUGGCACUCCCGCCAGCCAGCUGUUUGAAGUGGCCACAGUACUCCCGUGAGUGCAGCAGCCUCCUCAUAGCAUGCCAAGCACAGCGCCGUACAUCGUAUGGUGGCUAUGCUUGGUAUUGCAGCCCAGGCCCAUUCACUUGAAUAGAACUCAACAGUUAUUAGACCACGUGACCGAUGAUCGUGAUGACCCAGGAGUCAGACUCCCACGGAUCAGAUAUUGAUGACCUACCCUGAGAAUAAGCCAUUCACACGGCUGUAUUUGCAGUCUGCAUCCGUUCCGCUUUUUUCCCGACCGGAUGCAGACCCAUUCAUUCCAAUGGCUUCACUAUAAAUGCCGACAGCACACUGUGUGCUGUCUGUAUCUGUAUGUCUGUUCUGUAGCCCUGCAAAAAAAUAGAACAUGUCCCAGUCUUGUUUGUUUUUCGGACAUGGAUACAAAAAAAAAACUGAUGCAACACGGACGUCAUCUAUAUUUUUUGCGGACUGCAAAAUACAUCCGGUGGUGUGAAUGCACCCUUAAUAUUAAAUGUCCAGACAACCACUUUAAAGUUAAAUUUAUAUGGAUUUUUAUAGAAGAAUGGAAUAAAAUUCUCCCAUUUCAAUUUGGGAAUAUCAAAUAGUAUGUUCUUUACCUUUAGAUUAUUUUUAUUCAAUGAAAAAUAUUUUAUAAAAUAAUUUUUUUUGGUCUUUUGAGUCACUGAUUUAUUUUUUUAAUUAUUUCUAUUAAUAUUUUUAUGUAGUUUAUGAGACUUUUACACUUUGUAAACUUGUUUUCUUUUUAUUAGUCACGUGUAAUGUCAUAUGGCUAUAUAACAUGAUGUUACUUACUGUGCGUAUAUAUUUCCCUAACAGGGACUUAUAAGUGCAGUUCUGGGGACCAUAGUUAGGCCCCGGACUCACAGUAUAAAACUGUCAGUCAUAGGAAUCAGUAAGGUGAAAAAACGAGCCCCCUCUGUUUGUGAGCACCCGAUCUGCAUUAACCUGACAGUAAGGU